UGCAGCAUUGAAUUUACAACUGCGUUCAGCCACUUGUCUCUCUAUCGAAUCAGCGAAUGGAGUUAUCAAAUUAACUGGUGGGAUUCUUCGCCAAACGGACCAUGGCAGCGACUAAAGCUUCUAAAGAGCAGAAAUACGAUAGACAAUUGAGAUUGUGGGGAGACCAUGGCCAAGAAGAACUUGAAAAUGCACACGUAUGCCUGAUUAAUUCCACAGCAUCUGGGACUGAAAUACUAAAGAACCUUGUGCUUCCAGGCAUUGGAUCAUUCACUAUUGUCGAUGGACACAAAGUCUCCGGGGAAGACGUCGGAAAUAACUUUUUUCUUAGCAACAACAGCAUAGGAAGGAAUCGAGCCCAGGCUGCCACAGAGCUGCUACAGGAGCUGAACACUGAUGUAUCUGGCAACUUUGUGGAGGAGAGCCCAGACAAGCUCUUGGACAACGACCCAGAGUUCUUCCACAGGUUUACUCUGGUGAUUGGUGUCCAGCUGCCAGAAAGCACUUGUUUGAGACUGGGGUCGGUGUUGUGGAAUGCAAACGUACCCUUCCUGGUGUGUAGAACGUAUGGCCUCGUCGGUUACAUGAGGCUAGUAGUGAAGGAGCACACAGUGAUUGAGUCUCAUCCAGACAAUGCCUUGGAAGACCUGAGGCUUGACCAACCUUUUGCAGAACUCAAGAGCCACAUCCAAUCCUACGACUUGGAGGGAAUGGGGAAGAAGGAUCACGGUCAUACACCAUGGAUCAUCAUUGUUGCCAAAUACCUAGAAAAGUGGUUCAGUGAGCACCAUUUUCAGUUACCGAAGAACUACAAAGAGAAGGAGGCCUUCAAACAGCUUAUUCGGCAAGGGAUCCUGAGGAAUGAGAAGGGGACUCCCGAGGAUGAGGAGAACUUUGAGGAGGCCAUCAAGAACGUCAACACAGCCCUUAACCCAACCAAGAUUCCCAGCAGCGUUGACGACCUCUUCAAUGGAGAGCAAUGCAAUGACAUUACAUCACAGACUCCAGCCUUCUGGGUGAUGACGCGAGCAGUGAGGGAAUUUGUGCAAAACGACGGCAGCGGAAACCUACCUGUACGUGGCUCCAUUCCAGAUAUGAUUGCGGACUCAGAGAAGUUCAUCAACCUCCAGAAUGUUUAUAGAGAGAAGGCAAUGCAAGAUGCUUCUGUCGUUUCUAAGCAUGUAGAGUCUCUCCUGCAGUCUGUUGGAAAGCCCUCAGAGAGCAUAUCUGAGCAGGACAUCAAACUAUUCUGUAAGAACGCUGCCUUCCUGAGGGUGGUGCGCUGUAGGUCUCUGGCUGAAGAAUACAGCGUGGAGACAGUCAAUAAAGAUGAGAUCACCUGCACCAUGGACGGUGCAGAUGGGGAGAUGGUGUUGUACCUUAUGCUGCGCUCUGUGGACCGUUUCUAUCAGCAGCACUCCCGCUACCCAGGUGUCUACAAUUACCAAGUAGAAGAAGACAUUAGCAAGUUGAAGCUGUGUGUGAACAGCCUUCUGCAGGAGUACAGCCUCAACGUCAGCGUGAAGGAUGACUACAUCCACGAGUUCUGUCGCUAUGGUGCUGCUGAGCCGCACACAGUGGCAUCCUUUUUGGGAGGAUCGGCUGCACAAGAGGCCAUCAAACUCAUCACUCGUCAAUUUGUUCCCUUCAACAACACGUUCAUAUACAAUGCCAUGUCCCAGACAACUGCCACGUUUCAGCUGUAGAAAGCUAUUUUCCUCCUUAAUGACAUGCACUUAACCCCUCUGUAAAAUAUAUGAAUGGAAGGUUGUAGCGUAGUAGCAGCGAUAACUGAAAGUUUGGGUAGAUGGAACACUUUGUUCAUACUGUACGUUUCCACAUAUUAUUAUGUUGUGGCUGAAUGGAAAAAUUUCUGAUAAACUGAACGACUGUUUCCGAUUUACUUUUCAAUGUUCGUGUCCUGGCUGUUUUUACUCUGUUUGCGCACACAUGGUUGCGCUUAUUAGGGCAUUUAAUGUUUAAUUUUUAUUUUUUUUUAUCUGCCAAAUUCAUACCAUUCAAGAAAUGUCCCGGGGUUUGAAUUAUUUCCUCUAAAGAUAUACUGCACUAAACAAAGAAGUUUUGAGGUAAAUACAUGUGGCGUAUAUUAAAUCCCCUAAGGAACUCUUAUUGUGGUCAUACAUCUUGUUUCCUGAUGGGCAAAGUCUGGAUAUGGUAAUUUACAUUGCCAGCGGUAGGGGUCACAUGGGCCUGUCCAAAUCAAAAUGAGCUGACUAUCAUGUGAGCUUCAUGAUAAAACAAGCAAAAUUGCCACCCUAAUUUGACCAUGAUGGGGCACAAUUCCCAAGACGUUAGCCCUCAUAUGGCCUGAUGGUGAUAUAAGCUGUAAAAGAAAAUCGGUACUUGUUGACUGGUAGAAUAACCCCAACGUGACACAAGUGUCUCUAGAUGUAAAAUAAAAUAGAAUCCGCUAAGAGUUGUGUAAUAUAUUUUUGGUUUGGUUCCUUUCCCAGUUCAGAUUGUGGAGUGGUUUGUCACAAAAUGCAGUGUGUGUUCUGUGGUGAGUAGGCACUGCUGACUCCACACUUGGAGCAGAAACUCACCAUAAAGAUGUAUUGGAGUACGGCUGUUUUUUUUCCCCCUCUUAAUGAAUAAAAACGCUCUGUAUUUUGUUGCAGUACAUAAA